UUUAAUUUUUGUAAGGAAACAAUGACAGCGAUUGCGUUUCAUAAGUUUUUAUUCAGAUCAAGGCACACAUACCAAACUGCUUCACGAUUCUUGUCAAAUGAUAAUACACCUGAUGACAAACCACAAGGUUGGAUAUCAAGGAUCUUGACUGGACCACGAGAGAAUGCAAUUGGUCGGCAGGCACAGACACAUGACGUCAUUGGAGGCAAUCGGGAGCUGUACGUACAAUCAUACAAAAAGUAUGCAGCCGAAGUGACUGGUGCGACUCCUGGUGCAAUGCUGUUUGGUUCUUGGUUUGUUAUUUUUGGCAAUCAGAAUCAAGUUGUCAAUCUGUGGCGUUUUGAGAAAGGUUAUGCUGAUUUGGACAGUCAUAUUAAAUCAUUGCAAAGUAAUCCUGCGUUAAAAGCUAGCGAGCUUGAAUAUGCCCGCUUAUGCGGUCGGCGCCGAACAGUCAUUACGAAGCCUUUUAGCUAUUGGGGAGAGCCAAAAGAGCGAACUACUCCUCAUAUUUAUGAUCUUCGGAGUUAUGUUUUGAAGCCUGGUACAAUGAUUGAAUGGGGGAAUGCUUGGGCUAAAGGAAUAACUUAUCGCCGCGAAUUUAAUCAAGAUGUUGAUCGUAACACAACCAGACAAAUGACUUGGAGUAAGCCUGGAUGGGACUCUACUGUUGAAUACACUGUUCCGUUGAUUAAAAAGAUGCAAUCUAGAAUUCUUGUGCCUAAUGAGCUAUCGAAAUUGAAAUAA